GCCAGUCUGGCUUCAACCUCGAAAGUGGCGGUGCGCGCUUGCCUUUCCCCAAUGCGCUUCAUGUCGUAACGAAAUUUGGUUUCUCAGACCCCUGUAGGGAUUCCCCCAAGGUAAAAAUGGAGAAGGAGAAGGAGAAAGAGAAGGACAAAGACAAAGAGAAGGAUAAGGGAGGCAAAGAAAUCAGGCCGAUCAAGACGAAGUUUACCGAUGGUGAAAAGGUGCUCUGUUUUCAUGGCCCUCUGAUAUAUGAAGCAAAAUGUUUGAAGGUACAAGUCAAAGAUAAACAGGUCAAGUAUUUCAUACACUAUGCUGGUUGGAACAAAAACUGGGAUGAAUGGGUCCCUGAAAGCCGUGUCCUCAAGCUCAAUGAUGCGAACAUCAACAGACAGAAGGAUCUUCAGAAGGCACAUGAAGCAUCACUGAAGAACAAGAAAUCCAAGAAGAACCUGGUAGACAAGAAGAAGGUGAAGGAGGGUGGUUCCUCAGGCCCGGGCGGGUCGGGGGGCUCCACGGGGGGGAACACGAGCAAUGGAGGUGGUGGGGGAGGGGGAGGAGGGGGUGACGACUCCAGGUCCUCGACCCCCAGCACAGACCGGUCAAGCGGAGGUCCAGGCAAGCGAUCGGCGGCGUCCACUCCCACCACCCCCGCGUCUGUCAAGGGAGACGAGUCAGAAUCUCGCAAGAAGCGCUCACGGCUAGAGUCCACUGUUGAUACUAAUGGACCAACACAAGGCCGAGAGAAUGUGAUAACACGGACUGUAGAUGACGAAGAGCAGUUCAUGACCUCAGUGGAAGUACGCGUCAAACUCCCUGACGAGCUCAAACCGGCGCUGGUGGAUGAUUGGGACCUCAUCAACCGCCAGCGCAAACUGCCUGUCGUCCCAGCGAAGGCUACCGUUGACACCAUCCUGGCUGACUAUAUCAAGGCCAAGACCAGCACGAAGAGUAUCACACCGAAUAAGGAGAGUGCAGUCCAAGAGGUUGUUGCGGGAUUGAGAGAGUACUUCAACGUCAUGCUUGGCACUCAGCUGCUGUACAAGUUCGAACGGCCACACUACGCAGACAUCCUCCAGGAACACAAAGACAAACAAGCCAGCGACAUUUACGGUUUCAUUCACCUCAUUAGAUUGUUUGUUCGCUUGGGGCAGAUGUUGGCGUAUACUCAGCUGGAUGAAAAAAGUAUUACUCUCCUUAAUUUCCAUUUGCAAGACUUUUUGAGGUUUAUGGUAAAAAACAUGGAGACUUACUACAGUAUUCAAGACUAUGGAGUUGCGCCCCCAGAAUACCAGCGAAAGGCCAUGUGAACCGAUGCCUCACCUUGAACUGACUCAUCACACGAAUAUGAAUAAUUUCAGUGAAGUUCAAGGAUGUGAGAAAGACGGAGGAGCCGUUUUAUAUUUGGUUCCACGUGUUAGAAGUGUUCCAAGAGAGGUGCAUGGGUGUGAAAUGAACUCUGAGAAGGGGAAUGAAAAUCCAGUGCUUAGUUCGGUGAAAAUGAACUUACUGGGUUAUUUCUCUGUACCAUGAUAUACUUAAGCAUUUUUUUUUUCAAUAUAAUAAACAUAACAGAGAUUCUUGUGAUGUUAUAGACCCCAUGCAACAAAAAAAGUUAACAAAAAACUUGGUGUAGAUUCUACAAACGUAACUUCUUUAUGUUUAGAAUAUAAUAUUAACUCUGUUCUAGUAAUCAAGUACAAGAAUAAGGCUGCUAGAGAGGCAAUUUAUUGUGCUUAAAGCAGUAAGCACUUUUACAGUACCUGGAGGUCUGAAAGGAGAUACUGUUGGUAAUAAUGAAGUUUUAUAAUUUAGUCUGCUAUAUGCAUAGUUCCACAAAAUGUGAAUUAUACAUUCCAGUCAUGUUGAAAUGUUACCCAUGGAAAGGUAUAUUUCAUAUCAUAUAAUACAAAGUAUUUUACAGGUUUGUGGUACUUUCAGUGCAGAUAAUCAAAACAAAGAAAUACCAGCUUUUGGUUGUCAGAUCCAGAUAUGGGCAUAAUAAAGAUCUUUUAUUUUGUUUUAUGUUUCAGAUUCCAAAGUAUGGGAUAGAAUUUUUAAAAAUCUUCUGUAAAGAUAUUUCCAAUAUGUAAUUGGAAUUGAGAAUGUUAAGUAUUACUAUACUUCUUAUGUGCUACAUACACAGAAAAUUCAUUGGUAAGAUAUCCAGUGACCUUUUAUAUUUUGCCUGUGGAAACCCUUCAUUUUAAAUAUCCUUAACAUUCCUGUUCUGUUUAAAGUAAAUAGUGUUUUAUUUUUUAUUAUUAUUAUUAAUUUUUUUUUUCCUGCAAAGAAUGUGUCACACCUGUUCAAAAAUUUGUAAUGAUAAGUGCUUCUCUUAUUUAUGCCUUGUUUGAGCACUUGGUUUUGAUAUCAUAUUUUAUGGUUGUACAUAUCUGUACAGCUGACAUUGUACAAAUUGGUGUACACAUGCAUUUUGGCAGGAUGAAUCAGAACUGUUGUAAAUUAUUGUGUGUAGCAGCUAGGGUUUUCCUACUGGAUGUGAAUACUACUUUCGUAGUAGUAUUGUGAUGGAUGUGAAUUUUUAAGGCCUUUUUCAAUAAAAUGUAGAUUUGCAAUUUGGCUUGACUUCAGUAUCCAUUAUUAGUUAUAAUGACUUUGCAUAGAAGUCACUGGUGAUAUGUGCAGUGAAUAUAUCUGAUUAGCAGCUAUUGUUACCUGUUGAUGUGUAUUAAGUAUAUAAAGUUUUAAAAUGCU